AUGGUACGGCGGCAUGCUGAAGACAAUUGUUGCCCUACCUCAUCUGGCAAGGUUCCUUGGUCUCCCAAAUUGCAGGGCUUCUGGGAUCGGUUGAGUCUCUGGAAGCUACUCCUUAAAGGACGCAAGCGAUGCCGCAUGAGCUCCCAAAAGGUCCGGCGCCUGUUGAAGAAGACAAGGCUAUGCAACGAGUGGAAGAAGAUGACUGAUGAACUGGAAGAGGCAUUGGCAGCUGAACGUAGGGCAUACAAGCAAGCCAAACGUCAGGCAACCCAAUUUAGACGGGACUUUCUUAUGGCUCAGACAAAGGAUGUAAAGAAGAAGAAAUGGAAAUCGCAGAAGGCCCACAAUAGAUUCCUUCGGUUACAACAAAUGAAGCAACGAGAGGAGGCGAGACGCCGUUGUCGUGCCCAGGGGUUUACGGGCUAUUCAGAUUGA